AUGGGACUCACUCUCCGCUAUGCUACCGAGGCCGACGCCCUCAUGCUGGGUCACAUCAACAUCACCUGCUUCAACCGGCAGGAGCUCUGGGGCAACGCAUACCCGGGUCUCGAUGAUGAGACUGUCCUGCCUGCCAAAGCAGCGCGCGCCUUACAAAAGCUGGCCGACCCGGCAAUGCAUGUCGUCGUGGCAGUGGAAACCGACGCCCCCGGCCAACCGAUCAUAGGCUACUCGCGCUGGACCAUCCCAGGGUUGCCAAGCCCGGUGGAGCUGAGUCCGGCUGGCCAGGACUUUGCGGGCGCGGCAAAUUUGCCCGAGGGGACCAACCGGAGGGUGUUGGAGGCAUUCCAGGCGAAGUUGAAGGAAUGCCGGGAGGAGCACUUGUUGGAGGGCGACCUCGUUCUCGACUUCCUGGCUACCCUUCCCCAAUACCAAGGGCGCGGGGUGGCAUCGGCGCUGCUGCGGUGGGGGAUAGAACAGGCAGCAGAGCGGCGGGUAGGCAUUUUCCUAGAGGCAACAAUGGACGGGUAUGCACUCUACCGCAAGUAUGGAUGGGAAGAUGUGUAUGAAGUGAUCAUGGAAUAUGAGCCAUUGGGGGGGAGAGGGAGUCAGAGAUUCAUGCUGAUGCGAAGGGCGCCUUAA